AUGUUUUCUAAGAUACUCAUCCUUGGUGCUGUUUUUGCAGUGGUCCAAUCUGGUCAAUUAGGUCAUGGUGGCUACUCUCACCCAUCGCAGUACAAUGCAAUCAAUUAUGGUGCCCCUUAUGCUGCAGCACCUUAUUAUAAUCCCUCUUCUUUAGGUCAUGCCUCUCCUGUAGCUUAUAAUAAUGGACUUGAUGGUGCACCAUUGGCCCAUUCCUCAGCCCUAGACCAUUCUUCACCUCUUGCACAUGCUGCACCUCUAUCUCAUGCCGCAACCAUAUCUCAUGCCGCUCCGUUUGCUCAUGCAACAUCCCAUUCCAAUAUAGUUUCCGCAUCCCACGCCUCUCAUAGUCACGUCGGCAACUACGGUGGAUAUUACUCUCAUCCAAAGUAUCAGUACUCGUACUCUGUCGACGACCCGCAUACUGGAGACCACAAGUCCCAACACGAGAUCCGUGAUGGCGACGUUGUAAAGGGCGGAUACUCAUUGUUGCAGCCUGAUGGCUCUUUCAGAAAAGUGUCUUACUCUGCUGAUGACCAUAAUGGUUUCAACGCAGUGGUACAGAACUCCGGGCCAAGUCAUCACGUGUAUUCCGCGCAGUACCAUCAUUAUUGA